AUGGGUACAUGUAAAUCAUUUCCUUGCUUGCACAACGAAACAAUAGAAAGCGGAUUCUACACUUCUGCAGACGCUUUUCCACUUAAACUAACUCCAACACAAAGUACUAGUGGACGGAAAUCCUCUGAUUCUCCUCAACGAAAUUUAGAUCUAGCCAAAACUAGCCCAAUACUUAAAAUCCACCGUGCAAAUUUUGUUCAUAUCUCUCAAGGCAGAAUCACUGAUUUCUAUCAUAUGCAAGAACCUCUGGGGAAUGGCAGCUUUGGUCGAGUAUAUUAAUUAAAUAUGGUGUCUAGGCCUGGCAUGGUCAUGCAGCCUCAAGUAUAUGUUUAAUUUUAUCUGACAAGGUUUUGCUAACUUAGAAAUGGAUAGCUAGGCUAGGUAAGCAAUUCUAGUUGUGUGUGAAGUCAACUUUAGUCCGCUUUCAAAUUUGGAUUAUGCGUAGUGGGAAAGGGAGGUAUGAGUUGGAAAGGGGAAGCUUAGCAGAGCCUAGAGGCAGAGCCUAGAGGCAUUGCCUAGGCUUUUGGGCAGCUCUCCAGCGUUAAACCGGAGUUUCUUUAUGGACUUUAAUUUUUCUUUAUUUUGCAAAGAAUUGAUCAGAAAUUCCUGCUUUUUUUAAUUUUUGAAAUUACUGAUGACGAAAAAACUAGCUUAUGUAUGAACAGUCAAAGUCGAUAGCAUCCUCCCCAAAUGAGCAGCUGUGAUCAAAGGAGGCUGGCCAUGUGGGCUGUAAGCCCUUGCAUGCAAGGAAGGUGAAAGCCAUGGAAGAAGGCAACUCCAGAUUGAAGGUAAAGCGUUUAUAAUUAAUUAACGCAAAGGUCGUGUAUAUAAAGCAUUACAUAUAAGCACAGGAAUUUAUCGAGCUGUCAAAGCAAUUUCUAAGCGGCAUCUGGAUGCUGAUGAUCAAGCUCUGCUACUUAAAGAAGUGGAAAUCUUAAAAAGCUUAGACCACCCUAACAUUUUGAAGAUUUUUGAAGUCAUUGAAGAUAACAACACCUUUUACAUCAUCACAGAGCUCUGCACAGGAGGCGAAAUUUUUGAUAAAAUUGUUUCUCAAGGCCACGUGUCAGAAAACAAUGCUGCAUGGUAUAUGUAUCUUAAUUUUAAUUAAUCUAUACACAUUUAAACGUCCACAGUUACCUCUAACACCGCUCUGGGGCGAAUUUUGCAAGAGAUGAAUUUUUCGUCAGGAGACCAGAAAUUCGAGAGACGCCAUAUUUUAAUUAUACUUGAUAUAUGUAUCAGGUAUUAUCUGCUCUGUCUUGCUGCUAUAAAAAUGGGAUUGUGCAUAGAGACUUAAAACCAGAAAAUUUGUUACUGAGGGACAAGGAAAGCGAUUCGCCUUUAAAACUAAUUGAUUUCGGACGUGACUUCACACGAAGCCCACUCCACAAAGCUUAUAGGGCUUUCCCUUGAAUAGCCCGAUAACGGGAUGAACUCAGCCCGUUAUCGGGCUAUUCAAGGGAAAGCCCUAUAUUUUUUUUUCUUAUUUUUUCACCUAUUUCAUUUUGGACUAGUUUUUUUGCUCUUUUUUAGCUAUUUUUUUAUUUUAGCCAAUUUCUUUUUCCCUAUUUGGUUAAUUUGUUUUAAACUGUUUUUUGUCUUAUUGUAUUUUUUUAUUUUAUUCUAAUCUUUUUUUCUAAUUAAUUUGGAAUGCUCUCAUAUUGAUUAUUUUGAGUUAAUUUUUAAUCCAUUUGAGUUUAUUAUUUUCGACAGAAGUAAUAUUAUAAAAUUUGAGCACUAAAAAUAAGCCCCAAAAAUUAUAGGUUGAAAAAAUAGAUCAAAAAAAAAAGUGGGUCAAAUAAAAAUAAUUCAAAGAAAUAGCUCAUAUAAAAUAGGCAAAAAAAUAGGCUAAAAAAUAGGCCAAAAAUAUUGUCUUUAUGGUGUAGGCAUUGUGUGAAGGAGCCGAUUUCGGAACUUCCAGAAGAUUCAAAGCCAAUCGGAAGCUUAAAUCAGUGAUUGGGACUGCUUAUUAUAUAGCUCCAGAAGUAAUUGAAGGCCGCUAUGAUUCUAAAUGUGACAUAUGGAGCUCAGGAGUUAUCUUAUAUACCAUGCUCUGUGGCAAUCCUCCAUUUAACGGAACCAGUGACAAAGAAAUCAUGACCAAAAUAUCCCGAGGAGUCUUUACUUUUUCCAACCAAGAAUGGACUUACGUCUCCAAAGAAGCCAAAUAUUUAAUCAAAAAAAUGCUCACAAAAAAUCCAGAGACCAGACCGAACGCUGAAGAGCUCCUUAAAGAUCCUUGAAUCAUUGAGAGAGCCAGGAAUAAAAUCGAGGACAACAUAAUCAAUGGUAAUACCUUGUCCAAUUUGAGAAGCUGGAAGGCUAAUUAUAAGCUCCAACAAGCCGUGUUGGCUUAUAUUGCUUCUCAGCUGAUCACAGAAGAAGAGACUGAAGAGAUCAGAAAAGCUUUUAUUGCAAUUGACGAAAACGGUGACGGAAAACUAAGCGCUGAAGAGUUGAAGCAAGGCUUUGAAAAGGCGUCUAUUGGAAAAGAUAUCAAUGUAGAAGAAAUUUUGGCUAAUUGUGACACUGAUUAUAAUGGAUAUAUUGACUAUAAUGAAUUUUUGACUGCUACAUUAGACUGGCACAAGGCACUGUCUGAUGAUAGGCUACAAGCAACUUUUAAUGCAAUUGACACUGAUAAGAGUGGGACGCUGUCAGUAAGCGAAAUUAAGAACUUUUUAGGAGGAGACCAGCAGAUUGAAAAUACUGUGUGGGAGAAAAUAAUAAAAGAUGCGGACACAAAUGGGGAUGGAGUCAUUGAUUUCAAUGAAUUCAAGGCUGCAAUGAUGAAACACAUAGUGUAA